UUUUGUUGCUUUGUUGGUUACGAUAGCCUAACAGUAGAAAUUGUGUAUAAGGUCAAGGAAAAACAAGAAGACUACUAACAAGAUCCGUUGUGCACGAAAUAAUUCGUAGAUUAUAAUAACAUUGAUUCAAUUUCACUAUGCUCUUCAGUCAAGACUACCAACGCUCGGUAGACGAUGUCCAAUCGAUCAUCCAGUAUGCAAAGCUGGAUCACAACAAUCUCACCAACACGGCACAGGCCAUCUACUAUCCGGAUACCGACCAGGACAUGUCCAGGUUGAAGCUUAUCGAAGCGGAUGAUCACAUUCUGCAACAAAUCAAGGAAGGCAAGUCCGUAUCGUUCAAAGGGGCUCUUAACGAGAAGGUAGUUAUUUGCACCGAGUCCAGGACGUACGAAGUCAAGGAAGCGGAAAUUUCGAACAGUCUACUUCUGGUUCCUCAUUUGAAGCAAGCACAAGCCACCAGUCGAUCUCCGAUCAAAAGUCCCAAAGGUGGAGUAAAUACCUCGCUGGAUAGUAGUACGGAAGAAAUGGAGGGGGUUGUGGACAGUAUCGAUGAGGUGGAGCGUAAGGAUGUGGUAAAAAUAUUCCACGAUUACUUCGAAUGCCGACAGGUUAAACCAAAGUAUAGGAAGAUUAUCGAUUUGCUUCGGUUAACCAAGUAUUCCGGGACGGAGAACGAACAUCUUGUGGAACGGUCGCUGCUGUUUCGAUUCAACCAGCUAUUGGAUACAGUUCAAUGCAGCAAGGAGGAAUUUCAGGAUGGGCUGAGGAAGUACCGAGCGAUCGAGAUUGAGAAUCGAAUUCGAAUGCUGGACAGCGAGUAUGAAUACCGGAUAGUGACUUUGAUGUUGGCGUUGAUUGGGGAGAAUUCCUGGAACCUGGAUGAGAUUGAUAAGGCUUCGACCGUUGAAUCGCUGGAUGGUAUUAUUCCUUAUGAAAUAGUCGAUGGCAUCUUCGACGUUUACACGGAGAAAAGUGAACGGGUGCCGGGAAAAUUCAAGUAUCGCGAGGAUUUGGUGUGUUCGUUGUUUGCGGAGAAAAUUUUACUGCAGGGUUUGAAGUUCCAUAUCGACGAUUUUCUGACCACGUGGCAGGCGACUUUACCCGAAGGAUUCCAUGCUGAUGAGAAGUACCUUCGGGGGAUUGGUAUUGUAGAUCGCGAAGGAACGGUUCCCUGCGUGAAAGGGUUAAAUGAAGCGGAUUUGCCAACGAAUUUGCUCGUCCGAUUGGUCACCUUGUUCCGGGCAAAAGAACGAUGGAAUUUGGAACAAAUUCAGCCGUAUAUUGAGUGUUUCACGACACCGACGUUGGGGGUGACGGCGAUUCUGGCUAAACACACUCGAUCGCUGGUCGUGAAUGGGGUACGGAUCUACGUUUCCAAGCACUAGCGCCGCUCCGUUUAAGGAUAUUUCUUUUGCACUACUUCACCGGUAAACGCCAAGAGUUCAUUGUUUUAAGAA